AACAAGAAGAAGAAUUAUUAUUAUGUUAAAUGUGUGGUUAAUACUAAGAUUGGGUAAUGAGUGUUUAUUAUAUAGUACAGUAAUUGUUUUUAGUUAUGGUUCUGAAUUUAUAGUUAUAGAAAUAAAAAGCAAGUUUUUUACUUUAAAAAAAUUUACGUAUACCGUCAUAGCUUUAAUAAAAAUUAACCAAAUGAACGAUCAAGAAAAGGUUAAUAGUUGGGAAUGCAUAGUUUGUUUUGAAAGUUUUAAAUUGAAUAGCGAUUUAACGGAUCAUCUUAGAAGGCAUAUUGGAAUUCAGAGUUUUACGUGUUCCGUUUGUUUCGAAUCCUUCACUGAAAAAAAUCUAUUAAUACAGCAUAUAGACACCCACAAUAAAGUUAGUAGAGACAUUUCACAAUCGAAAUCUAUAGUUAAUUCAGAUCUAAUAGAUACAUCCGAAGAAGCGGAAUUAUUACAAAAUAUUGACAAAAUUAUUGAUGAAAAAAUACGCUAUUCUCAAAUUGAAAAUAUAAACCAAGAUAAUGAUUCCUCUGAUAUUGAAGUCGAAACUUUUUCUCAGUGUACACUUUGCGCCAAAGAAUUUUCUUCGACCGUUGAAUUAGCAGCCCAUCUUCAAAAACAUAUUAAGUUGAAACCUUUCGAUUGUACUACGUGUUUAGUGUCGUUUUCUAAUAAAAAUCAGUUGCUCAAACAUGUGAAAGUGUGUGAAGAAAUACCAGAAAGUGGAAAUAAAAAUCUAGGAUUGAAUAAUAAAAAGUUGAAGAAGUGUAAUGGUAAAAAGUGUCACAUUUGUAACAUAUGUGAGAGGCAAUUUGCAAGUAACACAAAUUUAAGGAAGCAUUUGAGGUACCACAUAGGCGAAAUUAAAUAUGUUUGUUCUUAUUGUGAGAAAGGAUUUGUUCAAGGGCACGCCCUUAGGACUCACCUUCGAAAACAUACUGGAGAAAAACCGUACCAAUGUGAAAUAUGUUCAAAAAGUUUUUCGUCUAAAUCCAACAGAGACAACCAUGUAAUGGCCCAUAAUAAUCAGUACAAAUUCAAAUGUGAAAAGUGUGAUAAAACGUUCAUAAAAAAAAUAAAUUACAAGUCUCAUUUAAAAAAGCACUACCAUGUCAAAUUACAUUCAUGUAAAAUUUGUUUAAAAUCUUUCUACACAAAAAACUCUCUGAAUCAGCAUAUCUUGGGACAUAGGAAACAAAAUAUGUUGGAGUGUCCCAUGUGUUCAAGUACAUUUAAAACAAAAAGUAGCUUCAAACAACACAUGGAACUGCAACAUGAAAAUCAAACAGAAAAAUCUACGAAAGAGGCGUAGUAAGCGAUUUCUAAGAAGUAUUUGGGACAAAAUUACAAGUUGAAAUUCAUCAUGAAAUUCAUUCAUAUCAAACUUUUUUGUAUAAAAAUUGAAUAAAAUAAAUUAUGAAUGUA